AUCCUCUUCCGCCCCGGCCCGGAAGGGUGAUGUGGCUGGACCAGCACCGGCCUCACUAUGUCUGCCAUUUUCAAUUUUCAGAGUCUGUUGACUGUAAUCUUGCUGCUUAUAUGUACAUGUGCUUAUAUCCGAUCCCUGGCACCCAGCAUCCUGGACAGAAAUAAAACUGGACUAUUGGGAAUAUUUUGGAAGUGUGCCCGAAUUGGGGAACGCAAGAGUCCUUAUGUCGCCAUAUGCUGUAUAGUGAUGGCCUUCAGCAUCCUCUUCAUACAGUAGCUUUGGAAACUACCAGCAUGUGCUUGCUAUCAGACUGUAAACAAGGACUUGCCUCCAGAAAAUAAUGGGAAGAAUGGUUAAGCCAUUUGUCUCUGAACAUGGAAUGAGAUAAACUUCAAGAUGCUGUUCUCUAUUUUUAUGCUAUUGGACCAAUGAGCUGAAUGAAUAAUUAAGAUGUAACAGUUCAAUACACAGGAAUGUGAUUGUAUCCAUCAACCUCAGUUCUCUCACUCCAGUAUUACAUUCUGCAAAUGUCAUUCUGUUGUGUCAGGACUGCUUUUCAUAAGGUUCUUCGGGCACGAAGUAGAAACCCAGUGGCAAAUUCCAAGGCUCCUUUGACUAGGGCUUCAAAAUAAUGUCUUCACAGAAUGGUACCUUCUAGCGACUGGCCUAUUUUUAUUGAGAAAAAAACUUGUUCUAUUUUUGUUGUUGUUACUGUUCUUAUGGAUUGCAUUCAUAUUUAAACCCUUUGGAUUGCUAACCAGAGUACCUCUAUUCUUGGCAAAUUCCGCAGUUUAUUACAGGUGUUUAAAGUAUUUUAAACAAAACUCUGAAUUUCUUUAGUUAGCCUAAGAGUUGGCUUCUAGUCACAAAGAUACAGCUGCCACACUGUGACGAAGAGCACCUUAGAAAGAAAAGCAGCAAGUGAGCGGUGAGCAAGUAAGCACCGUGCAGUCUUCGUUCUCUGUAGUCUUGUCUUCCAAAUAGAACGUCCAUCGUAGUUACCCAAAGGUGGUAUUUGUGGUGUUCUUAAUGCAGUGCUUUAAGUCUAGUGUAUGUUCUGUCAGCUUGAACUGGAAUCUCUCUUGUAACUUUGUAGGUUAUAAACAUAUCUCAUAUCUGCUUUAGUCUGGGUACUAUGCUCUAAGUACAUUUCAGCUUUGACACAGAAUGUGAAUAGACGAAUAUCAAAGGAUACUUACAAGUUUGUAUCCAACAUUUCUUCAGGUUCAGCUGAAAAUCAGUUACUGUUUCAAAACAAAGAGGAAUUAAAUCCUAGCUGAAAACUAUACAUAGCAUUUAUUAAUUAAUUACUGGGUUUAACUGCUCUUUUUAAAAGUUUGAAAAAGAAAAAAAAAAUUUUUUUCUUAGAAGUGAAGUUUCUAUAAAAACAAAGCCCUGAACUUGCAGUCUUCACUGUGUAGCCCAAAUGGCCACCAGAGCUAGCUAGACCAUCAGCUUUGACAUCGUGCUUGAAGCUGUGGAGGACAGUGUAGUAGUCUAACAUCUAGGAACGCCUACUUGGUUUGUAGAGGUUGCUUGUUUUUAAAAAGAUUUUUGGGAUGUCUGCAGCUAGUUAAAACUGGUCUAUUUUUAUGAUAAUUAUUCUACUCUGAAUUUCACCUUAAGCUUUGUAUUAGGUCAAGGAUUUUCACUGUGUCCCAAAAGUAGGACUCCCUCGUCACCAUAUUUGUGCACAGUAAGUAGUCACCUAUCACUUUGAUUUCUGGGUGGCCAUCUGUUCAUCAUCACUAACAACAUUUCCAGAAAUGUUGUCAACUUUUUUCCUAAGUUAACAUGCAUCUCAUAUCAAAAUGGAGAGAAUAAGAAUCAUCUAAUAUGUUCUCUUUAGUUUGACAUUUUAGACAAUGUAGGUGGAAAUUAGAGGAAGACAUAGUUAACUUGAAAUAUGCAUGGUAACAUACAACUUUUCGCGGUAUGUAGAUACUGAGCAGUCUAGACAGGUAUUUCUAGCCACUACCGUCCUGAUCGUUUAAAGUACAGGCUCUUUAGGGGUGUAGGAAAGCUGCAAAGAUAAAAGAAUCAUAUAAAGAAAGGCAAUUAGCAUUUUUGGUGUACAAACACUGACUCCUGUUUUCUGAGCCACGGGGUCGUGUGGGAGGUGUGAAGCCCACAGAAUAUUUAGCUGUCUUUGUGAGUGGGGUGUGGAGGAGCAGUAAAGCACUUCGGGCAGCUGGCAUCUACACAGACUGUAAACACAAAGCUUAGCGGGCGAGGAGCACUAAGACUCAGGUCUGACAAUGUCCACAUGUUCUCCCUGGCUGCCUUGUUGGCCCUAGAAUCUUCAGUCCAUGUCCCCACAUUUGUUUUAUGUUGCUGUUUGGUUUCUGAUUAGCUUUAUCUGGGCCAUUGACAGGGCAGGAUAUGUCUUGCUUCCAGGUAGUCUUGCAAGAUAGUCAAAAGGACACAUGUCAAAUUGGUCUUAAUAGUUUUAAAAAGUUAAAAUUCCAAUAUGGUGUCCUAUUGAUACCUUUUCUACUUAGGCUGGAAACUACCAUAUAUGUUUCAAUUCAAGGUGUUUCCUGCUGGGGUUAGUAAGAAUAUAAAUUUAUAAUAAAUUUGUUCAUCUUCUUAAUAAAAUUAGUCUUGUACCAUAGGGUGACACAGAGUUCCAUAAAUUAACUCUUCCAAGUUUACAAAGACAAACAAAUCCUUGCCUCCAUUUGUGAAAAUUAUUUAACACUUGUAAAUAAUAUUUUUUUCAGGAAACAUUUACACAAUUGGUAUGGCAUGUGACCAUUGAAAAUAGAUGAGUUGUUUCUCUGUAUUCAUAAUGUACAUGAAAGAUGAAAUUAAUGUCUAUGAAGUAUAAUGUGCUAAUUCUUGUUAUUGACAUAAUCCCAGGAUUCUAGAAAAAAAAAUGAAGAGUGAUGAUUCAUUGAGGGUAGAACUUCUCAGAGAUCAUGAGUUAAACUGAUCUUGACAGUGUUUUUUUUUUUUUAAAAAAAAAACAAAAAACAAUUCUAUGUUAGGGAUUGUAUGUCCCUUAGUUUGUGAGGUAUGGUGUGGCCAUAAAGGUCAACGGAUGUUAUAUUCUGGAAAGUCAUGUAUUUUACCUACCUCAAAAUUGAAGUUGAGAUUGUCCCCUCCUGCCUCACAAAUCCUUCAGGAAGAUAAUAAAGUCUCCCUUGGUUUAUGAGUGAGCAAAGUUGACUAAGGAAUACACUAGUAGAUUCUCCUGAGACUUUUGUAAACAUUGUAGAGGCAACUGGCCAGUCAAGGCUGUGUUUUCAGAAACUUGUAAAAUCUCGUAUUCUAUCUGCUAAAAGCAGCCCCAGCUGUUAAAACAGGCACCCAUCCCAAAAGUGCACAGUUUACAUUUCCUGGACAUACAGAAAAUAUUUCUACUUAUCAAGAACUUAAGCUCCACAAAAGCCUUUGAGAAGCUACUCUGUCAUUACUAUCUGAAAACAUGAAUGGAAAAUUCUUAGGGCUGCUCUUCUCUUCCUUUGUUACCUUCUAGUAAUAAUAAAUGUUCUCAAACGGUGCUAGCAAUCGCCCUUGUUACAGGGGGUCCUGACUAACUUCUGAGAAAUAACUUCAUAUCAUUUCCACUUUGCCCUGAACUAAUUCCUAAAUAAUCUGACAGGCCAUUUCAGUACCUUUUGUAGAAAGAAUUCCUGUUUAAAAGAGGUAGUCGUCCUAGUCUCUGGUUAGUUCAUACAUCUGCUGUGUAAUAAAAAAUGAACUGUCAGAAGCCGUCUAGUUUUGAUAUAUCACAUUGAAAGAGAGCAGUACAUGGAGCUUAGAGGGUGGCCAUUAUGACUAGAGUAGCUUAUCUCCAUCUGUGACUUGUCAAGAUAAAUUUGGAGGGGAUGUUUUUAUUGUUUGGUGCUUUAAGACUACCCACUCUGUCUCAUUGCUGCUUCUUUACAAACCCUAAAUAUCUAAAGUAAUGGUUUCUGUGUUACUGUGACCAUGAUACAAGACAGUAGCAAAGAGGGGAGGUUUGUGGGGUAUUUUCCCUUUAGACAUAUUGGAGUUUCCCUAAAAACAUUUGGCAGGGACUCAAAGUCAUGAUGGACCAGGGAACUAAAAAGGAGCCAGCCACAAGCUACAGUAUAGGCCAACCUCUUAACUUUGAAAGGCCCUCCCCUAGAGACCUACUUCUGAGAAGGUCCCACCUUUAAAAUCUCUUCCCCACCAGUAGGAAAUAAGUAUCCCAAAAGCCAAAAUAAUGACUUGGCUGGUCUGCUUUGGAUCUUAUCUUGAAUUGUCCCGGAGGUAGUUUAAUUCUGAUUCUCCAUUUAAAUAGCAGUCAUUGAUUACUAAAAAUUAUAAAUUUAAUCUCAUGUGAGGGCCUGUAGAUAUCAAUUCCUAUCAAACCUAGAAAUACAACUCAUUUAAUUAACACUACUUAAAGAAUAAUUAUUGCCGCAGACCCUCUGGGCCCUUUUGUCUGCAUGGAAUGGGUCUCUAGGUGCAGGUGGGCAAAGCGUUGGAUGAAAGAAGGGAGCCAGGUGCAAACUAGUCUUGUAAAACCCACCACCAGGGGUUCUGCACUAGCAGACCUUAUCAUGAAUACUGCAAUGCCCCAACACCCUAUUUCCUGGGUCUAGAGAAGAAUAUACUAACUUGCUUCUAAUAUGAAGCUCUAUACCAAGCUGUAGAGAAGAUCUCUGUCUCGGUGGGAUUCCCUAGCUCUAUUGUUCCCUAGUUUGGGUGAGAAUUGCUACUGUCCUUGGUAAAUAUUUUGUAGACCAGCUCUGACCUACUGUCUUUGUAAUGCUUAAUUAUUAACUGAAUAGGUAACUUCCUUUCUGCAGUCCUGCGGGAUUUCAAGCUCUUCAAGCUUGCAGGCUUCUGGGACCUUGGAACAAUGUGAAGGCUUAAUUAUAACAGAAUUUAAUCUUAAAAAGCAUUUAUAAUAAAAUAUUAAAAGAGAACUCGUAGAUCCAUACACCAGACUAAUGCGGGAAUAGAGUAUGAGUAUGAGAACGCCAAAACUCCAGGAAGUGAGCUUCCUUGAAACUCUGCCUCGUGAGUGGCUUUUAGGCUACACAGCCUGUCAAGCUGACUUGACCGGAGUUCAUGGCAAAUUAUAAUAGAGGAAUGCUUGGUUUUUUUGCUUUAGAAAGCAUGCUCUUUUCCUGUAGUCUACCCAAGUUGAAAUCUACACUUGCAAACCUUUUUACACCUGUUCUUAAUAGAUGUCUCACCUAAGCAGUGAGAAGCGUGAUUUUGGCUUCAGCUAGGCUUUACAUUCAGAGUAUAAGGAGAGUAGGAUAACAGAAUUGUGGUCACUGAGUAUGUUGUGUAACUCCCAUACUUCGCUGUAGUAGCUUCAAGCUGAUUUUAAAAUGAUUGCUAUAUUUCUUUCAAAAGAAUUCAAAAUUGCAUUGGAAUAGACCAUUAAGCUUAACAUAUGCAGGAAAGGAAAACAGUUCAGAGGGUAUAGGCUCACCACAAUAUUGGGGGUAGGGAUAAGAAAAAUAGAGAUGCAAGUAUUGGAAGGUAGAGUGAGGUAUACUAUGGCGCAUGAGAAAACUCAAGGACAGGAUAAUAGCCAGAUACUACUGUUACAGUUUUAUUUGACAAGGAAAGUGGCCUGAAGCAAAUGUGUAGAGAUUGAGCGUUUACUGCUAAGUGCUCAAACCUGGACUUUGUCAGUCACUUCCAACAUACUGAAUUAUCAUAGGCUAAAUACUGGGAAAGUGGUGUGCAGAGAUUAAACUGUUUAAAAGAAAUAAUGUUUAAGGCAUGAAAGGGUUGGGGAAGGCUGGCACUGUAGGAACAUUUCUGUGUUCUAUCCAAACAUUGAAACUGAUCUGCAGGCCCGCACUGAUAGGGAAAGAUUGGAACUUGGAAAUUUUAAAGUUAAGGAAAUACUGAGAAUCGGUCAGUUAACACUCUGAAAAGCUAUUCAAAGCAUAGUUUAUGAUUCCUUGAUAGAACUCGUGUAUUCGUUUUCAACUAAAUGUUACAAGGAAGGCCUAUCCUAAGGAAGAUAUAUAACGAUAACCUAUAAAGCAAGUUUACAGUAUGAAAUUAAAGUUGCACGUCACAGAAUAACAAAGCUAGGUAGGUUUUAUGAAUACUUGGACUGGUGAGGAAACAUAGAUCUUUUAGUGGGCCAUUGUUCUUGCCUUUUCAUAAAUCAACACACAAAAUCUGGUCAUGGUUUUAAAUAAAUGUAGAGUAAUUCUUUUCAAUUACUUCAAUCACAGGUUAUCUUUCUCAGAAAUCCACUUUAAUGUUUCAUCACGUAAUAGGAAAAAAAAAAAAUGACAAUACUGUGAUAAUCCUUCAGUCCCUAAGUGAUUACUAUGACCUGUCACAAAGACCAGAGAUAAAUAUAGAGUUCAGGAUAAUAUUCAGGACCAUCAAAGAAUGGAAAUUUAUAUCAUUAAAAACUCAGGAGCUAGGGUCCUCUCUAUUUCCUUUUCCAUUCAUUGGUAAACUACAUUUGAUAACUUGCAUACAACAGAUAUGCCAGGCACCACUAAGGUCAAAAUAGUCAAUGUAGAAUAAAACGAACACUACUCAAGGAACCUAGAUUUUGGUUGAGACCAAGACCCAGAGAGUGGGGAAACAAGGAACAUACAAAACCCCUAAUGAAGACCAAAGAGAACCUGAAUGAAUUUACAUGGGGUAUUCACAGAAGUCUAGUCGAAGAAUUUAAUGGAUAGGCUAAGACCUCCUGCAGAUAAAGAUUGUAACCAAAGAAAUGAUAUAGCCAAAAGAUACCUUAAAAAUUGAGGUAAUAGAAAAAUAGAAAACUAGUAAAGGGAAUUAAACAUAAAGAGUUAUACAAAGAAUGGUGUAAAUUGGAGAUUUUAAAAAAAGAAAAAAAAAAUCAAAGGGCUUUGAGCCGUAAAAAAUGCUGGCUUAUUCCUGUGAAAGUUUUAGUUGUAAGGGCCCGGAUGGUAUAACCACUGUCUAACGUUGCAGUCAUAAAUACUUAAGGAUGAAGUGAAAACAGUUUUUGUUCUUAUUCUGACCUCCAUACAACAGAUAUUCUUAGAAAAGAAGCCAGCACCCUUUAUAUUAGGGUUGACCAGAGCUGGCCCAUCAGUCAGCUAAAAAGACCAAAGGGAAGAUAGAAUUAUAGCAGGCUCACGUGUUUUCCUCACGCAAAUCACAGUAACUGCAGGUCUCUGGUAUUGUGUAUGAGCUGCUUCAUCUUCCUGAACACAUUUCAUAUUCUGCUGUGGUCCAUGCUUGCCAGGGCUGUAGAAGGAAGGCAAUUGUACAAACAUACUUCGUAACCAAGUUGACAGGGUCCUGAGAGUGCCACUUUUAUCUCUUACUACUAAACUCUUGCCUCCCUUCUGGUAUCACCAAUCUGAAACUCUGUUGUGGUACCUCUACGUCUCCCAUCCAGGUGUGUAAAUUCAUCCUCAUAAGCAGUUAGACAGCCCUCCAUGCUGAAUUCAUAUCUAUUGUAAUACAAGCCGCCUUCUGGAACUCCAGAACGAAGAAAUGAACAUUCUGCCCUCCAAAAGCACACAGAGUUACAGCGGAGGAGCUAGCAUGCUGCUAUCAUUAUUUAAACGAAGAAAAACACUGUAGACAAGAUGAAAGAGCUAAUAAAAAUGUGUUCUUAUUCCUGAUUCUAAAACUUUAGCAGCUGGGCUUUCCCAUGAGGAGAAAUGUUGCAUAAAUAACCCAGCCAGGAAGCAGGGGCUAUGAAAAAGUCUAACAGAGUGAUAAAUGGUCUUGAAUAUGCUGCUUAUCACACCUGGUGGAGUUACAAGGGACUAAGUGGUCACUGGAAGAUCCUGGUGCUGGCAUGUGCCAUCAGCAGCUGCAGAAUCUGUUACCUGGGUCAUGUGUCACCCAUUCCUCAGUAACUUUCUUUCACAGUGUUCUUCUGAAACACUCCAUCUAUCCCAUGGGGACCUUUUCUGCUCCAUCCAGAUUUGUCAUCCUUUCAUCAUGUAAUCAGAGAAAAAGAUGGCUCUCAGAAAACAAACGUUACCCUUAAAAUCAAACUUGAUUUGUAUAUAACUUUAAAAAAGCAAAUACUCUGUGUGUCUUCUACACUUAUCCACAUAACCUAAAACUGAUGACACAUUUUUUUUUUUACUCCCUACAUUCUCCUUUCAAUAAAGCAUGUGCAGUCACAGACACAAAGGCUGAAAAGUGUCAUGAGAGUGAGGUAUAGGCAUUCAGCCUGAAAGGUAAAUGCAGCUCCUAUCCAUGUGCAUGAGGCAACACGACAGUACGGAACCACAGUUCAAGUGGUAGGUCGAAUUUAGAAAAAAAAGUCUCCUCACUUGUUUGGAGAAGAUGACAAAAUCAUUCCCAGCCUUGAGAGCCCUGGAUUUAUAGUAAGUGUUGCUAUGCACUAGUCUCUACUAUUUCCCAGCAGUUUCUGAAUUAUGGACAAAGAGCUCUUGGAGGAAGAACAAGGUGUGUGUGGGUGUGGGUAUUUACAUUUCAAAUGUUAUCCUCCCUUCGUGUUUUCCCCUCCACAAACUCCCUAUCCAAUCUCCCCUCCCACCAGCUUAUAUGAGGGAGCUCACCCACCCACUCCCACCUCACCUUCCUAGCAUUUCCCUAUGCAGGGGCAUCAAACCUCCACAAGACCAAGGGUCUCCCAUCCCAUUGAUGCCAGAUAAGGCAAUCCUCUGGUACAUAUGCAGCUGGAACCAUGGGUCCCUCCAUGUGUACUCUGGUUGGUGGUUUAAUCCCUGGGAGCUCUGGGCAGGAGGGAAGGGGAUCUAGUUGGUUGAUUUUGUUCUUCCUAUAGGUUGCAAAGCCCUUCAGUCUUUCCCUAAUUCCUCCAUUGGGUUCCUCAUACUCUGUUCAAUGGCUGACUACAAGCAUCCCAUCCGCAUCUGUAUUGGUCAGGCUCUGACAGCCUCUCAGGAGACAGCCAUACCAGGCUCCUGUCAACAAGCACUUCUUGGCAUCAGCAAUAGUGUCUGGUUUUGGUCUCUGUAGAUGGAAUGGAUCCCUAAGUGGGACAGUCUCUGGAUGUCCUUCUCUUCAGUCUCUGCUUCAGGUUUUGGUUUUCUUUGUCCAAGAUAAAUUCUGGGAAAAUCUCAUUGUAGCUGAAUUUCUACAUUUGUAAAAUGUACCCAGUGAUUUAUCUCCCUAACAUUUCGUGAGGGCUUACUUUGAUCUAAGUCACAAAAGACCUGUGAUUAUAAGAGGAGUUGCUUCAGGAGGGUAAAUGGAUGGGCUUCUUAAGAGGAUUCAUAAGAAUGAGCUUACUCGUGGGCCAUGCUGUGCACAGAGGAUAUCCAGAACAACCUCAAAGAAGAUGUAGGUAGGAGACAACAGAAAAAGUACUGUUAGGAUUUCAAUGGCUUAAUGUUUUCCAUAUUUCUCUGCCUUCUGUUAUUUGUAUUUGCUGUUAUCCAAGGACAUAGACUAACAUUUCUGCCCUAGAAUGGCAUGAAUUACUAGGUAAAAGAUGAUUCCUUCCCUCAGAAUCUCAAACCCCAUGCUCAAGAAAGGGUUCAAUGGGCCUCCUUUAGAAUAACAUGGCACAACUUUUGUAACAUGACUUUUUCACAAUAAAAAAAUUAAAAUCUUUGGUUUACAGAGAAUUUACAAAAUGUACACUAAGAGAAAAGAAUUUCUAGUAAGAGUACAAUGUACUAUUAAUUAUGCAAAGACAUCUAUAAAGAUUUUUUUAAAUUAUUUUCACCAAAUGAAAUGAAAUUGGCCAUAAUGGCCUGACCUUUAUCCUCCUUCCACCUAGCAAUGUCAUAAACAUGUAUGCACAACUUAAGAAAUUUGCUAUUAUACCAUAUAAAAUAAUUUCAGAGCAUUCUACUAUAGUUGUAAUUUAUUUAAGCAAGUUUGUUAUUCAUCACAAAUUGUUUCCACUCUGGAAAUGGCAUACUUAAAAUGUAGCAUAAACCAAAUCACAUUAGUGUCUUCAAGAGUAAUUUCACACAAGUACUUUAAAAAUGGUACCUCAUUUCCACUGCCUGGGUAGGACCCAGGAUGAGCUGUAUACAUGAUUUAGACUGUUAGCUUAUCUCCUGGGGGGGGGGGGGGGGAGUUAGUUGGAUAAUUACACUUCACCAAAUAUAUAACUUGUAGUCACAAAAUAUAAAUGCUUAACAUUUAUAUUUCAUAAACUUUUAAUAAAUUAAGGGACAGUGCAUUUUAACUAAUUCCCUCUCCUCAUCUUGAGUGUCUGUAUGAUGUAGUACAUACAUUAGAAAAGGGACUCAAUAGCUAGAACACCAUAUUUGAACCCACGUCUGCUUUGCAGGACAUUUCACAAAGUGGAGGUUUACUUGGUUUGUGAAGCUCUUAGUGGGAAAUAAAUGGUUGCCAGGAUGAAGAAAAGACUAGAAAGUCUUGGAGUCUGAUGGAGAUAGAAUAACAGACACCAGAGCUUCAUGGGUGAGCAGAGGUGGAGUGUGAUUUAUUGUGAGCAACAGCCUGAAUGCCAAUUGACAUGUCUUAACGGCCUUUGUGUCUAGUUUGUUACACAUCCAAAAUGCAGUGGGGCCAAAUCUCCAUUUAAAUAAUACUGAGGGGAUCUAGUUACUUCAUUGAAGUUACCAAUUUCUUAAGAUUUAUUUAUUUAUUUUAUGUAUGUGAGUAUUCUGUCACUUUCUUCAGAGACACCAGUAGAAGGAAUUGGAUCUCCAAUUAUGGUUGUAAGCCACCAUGUGAUUGCUGAGAAUUGUACUCAGGAACUCUGGAAGAGUAGUCAAUGCUCUUAACCACUGAGCCAUCUCUCCAGCCCUGAAGUUAAUAAUUUUUUAAUCUAUGAGAUGCAGUAUUGACAUAAUCAUUAAAUAUGGAAUAAAGUUUUGACAGAAAAGAA